AAUGGGGAGUCUUUUUCUUGAAUCACAGGGGUGGGACAACAGCAGAAAGCCUGCCCUGAGGAGGCAGCAUCGAAGAGCCCGUAAUCUGGAUCACACAACAAUAAUGAAUGGAAACGCACCGUAGCCAAGAAAGCACAGCAACCUAGUAGGCGAACUAUUUGAAGGGAUUAUGCUGUUUUAUUGAAAGAGGAAUUCACAGCAAGAAAUGGAUUGGCCGGGUAAAUCAGAGACCAUUCUUUGGAACAGAAAGCAAUUGUACAGUACUUGUUACCUUUGAAAGUUGGAAUUAGAGUACAAUUUGAUAUACUGUAGCAAAUAGCGAACGCAUUAAAAGCAGUUAUGAUACAUUAUGAUACCCUUGAGGUGUCAUUAUUCCUAGUGGAACUUUUGAAUCGGGAGUGUUUGGAUUAAAACUUGAGUCAGUUUGGAUGUAAAAGGGAUUAGACUUCUGAUAUCUUCGGCGGAACUUUGAAAGAAGAUCCCUGGACUUUUAUUUGAUUUCAUAAGAGGAUCUGGUUAUCAUUUGCAACAUGGGAAACAUAGAGAGUGUUGAUGGACAGUCGUCGGAGAUGAAGCAUCAUAUAAUGCCACUCAAAGUGCCUAUGCCUGACCAAACGGAGUUGGAGGAGAGAUUUGCCAUAGUUUUGAAUUCCAUGAACUUGCCCCCUGACAAAGCCAGGCUCCUUCGACAGUACGACAACGAGAAGAAGUGGGACCUCAUCUGUGACCAGGAGAGGUUCCAGGUGAAAAACCCGCCUCACACCUACAUCCAGAAACUGCGAGGGUAUCUAGACCCUGGAGUCACACGAAAGAAGUUCCGCAGACGGGUCCAGGAAUCCACGAAAGUCCUGAGGGAGCUGGAGAUCUCUCUGAGGACAAACCACAUUGGGUGGGUCAGGGAGUUCCUCAACGAUGAGAACCGAGGGCUGGACAUUCUGGUCGAGUACCUCUCCUUUGCCCAGUGUGCAGUCAUGCUGGAUUUUGAGGGGCUGGAGAUGGGAGAGGAGGGCUCCCUGGACAAGACUAAGUCCUGGAGCAGGUCCAUCGAGGAUCUGCACCAGAGUGUGAGCCAGCCCUUCUGCAACACGUUGGUCCGCUCUGCACGUCAGUCUGUCCUUCGCUAUGGAAACAACACAGCAACAAACAGCAAAACCAUCAAGAACUCCCGGCUGGUCAGUCAGAAGGAUGAUGUGCACGUGUGCAUUAUGUGUUUAAGAGCAAUCAUGAACUAUCAGUAUGGCUUCAACAUGGUCAUGUCACACGCACACGCGGUCAACGAGAUUGCGCUCAGCUUGAACAACAAGAACUCACGGACAAAAGCCCUGGUCCUGGAGCUUCUAGCUGCUGUGUGUCUAGUCAGAGGAGGUCACGAGAUCAUCCUUUCAGCGUUUGACAACUUCAAAGAGGUGUGCAAAGAGAAGCAUCGCUUUGAGAAGCUGAUGGACUACUUCCGGUGUGAGGAUGGAAACAUUGACUUCAUGGUUGCUUGCAUGCAGUUCAUCAACAUUGUCGUACACUCGGUAGAAGACAUGAACUUCAGGGUUCACCUGCAAUAUGAGUUCACCAAGCUGGGACUGGAUGACUUCCUGGAGAAAUCCAAACACACCGAGAGCGAUAAGCUGUCCGUGCAGAUCCAGGCCUAUCUGGACAAUGUGUUUGACGUGGGUGGGCUCCUGGAGGAUGCAGAGACGAAGAAUGUGGCCCUGGAGAAGGUGGAUGAACUGGAGGAGCACCUAUCCCAUGUGACGGAGAAGCUCCUGGACGUGGAGAACGAGACGGUGAUGAAGGUGGCCGAUCUGGAGAAGCUGCUGCUUCAGAAGGACAAGGACCUGCAGAUCAUCAGGGAGACGUACGAGUCCACCAACACCCAGGUCAACACCCUGCGCAGGGUGAUCAAGGAGAAGGACGCCGCCUACCAGAGGCACUUCAACAUCGAGAAGCGCCUGCUGGAGCUGGAGCAGCAGGGGACCAUCCGCCUCCGCAAGAAGCCCGACGGGGACAUCGCCAUCGAGCCCCUGGUGGGGGGCGGAGGUGGGGGCGGAGGUGGGGGCGGUGGCCCUGCGGUUCCCCCGGGGGAUGUCGGGCACUUUUCGUUCGGGGCCGCAGCCAGUCUGACUGGUCCGGUCGGACCGGGAGGGCCUGAGGCCGGCCUUCCCUCAGCCACGGAAGCCCCUCCACCCCCACCACCUCCACCUCCUCCCCCUCCGCCUCUCCCCUCAGCUUCAGGAGAGAAUGCACCAAUGCCCCCACCACCCCCUCCUCUGGCCCCACCCUUACCAGGAACCUCACCCUCUGUCAUCCUCAGCUUGGGCCUAUCUGCUAUCAGGAUCAAGAAGCCAAUCAAGACCAAGUUCCGUCUGCCCGUGUUCAACUGGACCGCUCUGAAACCCAACCAGAUCAACGGCACUGUCUUCAAUGAGAUUGAUGAUGAGCGCGUCCUAGAGGAGCUGGACCUGGAGAAGUUUGAAGAGCUGUUCAAGACCAGAGCCCAGGGUCCCAUAGUGGACUUUACCUGCACUAAGAGCAAAGUGUCCCAGAAGGCUGUCAACAAGGUCAACCUGCUGGACGCCAACCGCUCCAAAAACCUGGCCAUCACCCUCCGCAAAGCCCACAAGAGCACGGAGGAGAUCUGCAAAGCCAUCGAGAAGUUCGACUUGAAGGCCUUGCCGGUGGACUUCAUGGAGUGCCUGAUGCGUUUCCUGCCCACGGAGACGGAGACCAAGAUGAUGCGUCAGUACGAGCGGGAGAGGCGCCCCGUGGACCAGCUGGCCGAGGAGGACCGCUUCAUGCUGCACUUCAGCAAGAUCGAGAGGCUCACCCAGCGCAUGAAUAUCAUCACCUUCGUGGGCAACUUCUCGGACAGCGUCAACAUGCUCACCCCCCAGCUCAACGCCAUCAUCGCCGCGUCCGCCUCCGUCAAGUCCUCGCCCAAGCUGAAGAGAAUGCUCGAGAUCAUCUUAGCUUUGGGAAACUACAUGAACAGCAGCAAGAGAGGUUCAGUGUACGGGUUCAAGCUGCAGAGUCUCGACCUGCUGCUGGACACCAAGUCGACGGACAGGAAGAUGACUCUGCUCCACUACAUCGCUCUCACGGUGAAGGAGAAAUACCCGGAGCUCGCCAACUUUUUCAACGAGCUGCAUUUCGUGGACAAAGCUGCAGCAGUGUCAUUGGAGAACGUGUUGCUGGACGUGCGGGAGCUCGGGAAAGGCAUGGACCUGAUCAGGCGAGAGUGCAGCCUCCAUGACCACUCUGUCCUCAAGGGCUUCCUCCAGACCAGUGACACCCAGCUGGACAAGGUGCAGAAGGACGCCAAGAUGGCCGAGGAGGCCUUUAACAAUGUGGUGAACUACUUCGGGGAGAGUUCCAAGACGACCCCUCCGUCGGUGUUCUUCCCUGUGUUUGUGCGCUUCAUCAAGGCCUACAAGGACGCAGUGGAGGACAAUGACCAGAGGAAGAGGCAGGAGGAAGCCAUGAGGGAGAAGCUACUGGCACAAGAGGCCAAACAGCAGGACCCCAAGGUCCAGGCCCACAAGAAGAGACAGCAGCAGAACGAGCUCAUCGCGGAGCUGCGUAAGAGACAGGCCAAGGACCACCGGCCGGUGUACGAGGGCAAGGACGGCACCAUCGAGGACAUCAUCACAGCCCAACAGAAGAUUAAUGACAGUAUAUAUUUCCAGUCCUAAAGCUCGGGUAAGGAAGGCAGUCUCACGCCCCAGCCUGCUUGGCUCUGAGCUCAUGUCUGCCUGUGCUGUCAGCUGCUUCAGCAAUGCGCUUCAGAUGCAGAAUACUCUCCACAGCAGACACAGCUAAUCUGAAUGAUAGUUUGACAGUGGACAAUACAGAGCUUCCCCUAACAGUGCCUUUGCUGCUAUGACAAUCAAAUAGCCCCAGUUAUAAAUUGUUCUUCCGCAUUUCAAAUGGUCUUAGUCUCCCUUUCCCUAAAGAGAAGCAAAAGUUAAAACCUCAGGCCUUUUUCCCCCCCACCAUCUGUUUUUGCCUUCCAGGAAGGAUCCUAAGAGGUAGUAUAGUUCCAGGUCUUUCUACUAUCCAUUGUUCCAACUCCUCAGGUCACCUCCAUUGUCACCCCCCCAUUUGUGUUGCAUGUUGUCAGUGUCAAUCCCCCGCUCACCUGUCAACAGUGUCUGCCAUGUUGUGUCCUUGCUAACUGUGUUUUGCGUUGUGCCAAACAGCUCUGUGGUCGACAAGCUUCUCGGGGUUACAUGUAGAGAAAGAUCAACAUGUUUACUCAUAAAUAAUCAUAGGAUUAUAAUCAUAGCCAACAUUUGAGAUUGUUAGGUGGGUGUUAGCCACUCUCUAGCACAGAACCUCCAGGAGUUUGUUGACUGCCAUGACUGUAUUCUGAUCAAACUGUUGAAUGUUGUGUUGCUACUGUGUCUGUGUCACAAUUACACAAUGAAUAAAAUCCAAUAGCCUUAGAUUCCAUUUUCAGUAGUGCCAUUCUUCCACAUUUUGGUAUUGAAAUUCAAAGCCAUAGGAUGUAGUCAUUCUCUGGAUGAUUUCUUCCAUUUCUUCCAAUUAGUAUUUUUUCAAGAUAUACAAGUCAUCCACAUAUGCACAUAGUCAUACACCAUUCUGGCACCUUCACAGAAAAUGACCAAAUAAGUUUGUUUGUUGUUACCAAUUCAUGUAGUCCCAAACCUGAGAUUGACUCCAUGAUGGGACCAGAGGUUGUUCCCCGUGUUAACAUGUGUCCUCCCUGUGUCUCACCCCUCUCUCCCUCACCCACUCACAGAUCUCCGCAGCCAGCCUUUCCUGCGAGCCGACGCGCUGAUCCGGAGCGGCUGGAAGAGACCCUAAACCACUUGUUUCCACCCUCUAAACCCCCCUACCCAUGUUGUAACCCCCUCCGUGGUCCCACCCACCCCUGAGGCUGCAGCUCACAAAGACUGAGAAGGGCACAGGAGUGAACCAAUGACCCUUAUCUCACAGGGGUAUUUAUUUAUUUAUGGAGAUCCUUAAUUGAGAUUCUGAAGGAGCAGGUGUACUAGUAAAAGCACAGACAUCAGGUGGGCUACUCUCCUCUUAUUGAAAACACUCUGACACACACACACACACACUCAGAGUUGAAGAUGGAAACUGCAGUGUGUCUGCGCUGCACGCGAGAAUUGGCAGAGAUCUAAGAGAGCUGGGCCAAAGACAGGCUGAUCUCACCAGACUUCUGGACACUACGGACACACGAGCCUUCCAAAGCGGAUCUUCACUCCAUCAUCAUGCCUUUCCAAACAUUGUGCAAUCCUAGGAAGAUAGAGACUGGGAGGCCGAGCAUACAGCGUGUCUCCUUAGAUCUGGAAAGGCUGCUUCACACCAUCCUCGACUUGCCUUCACAAGACAUCCUAUUACAGGUUUUAGAAGACAUAUGAUCCUGAUUGUUGGAAGCAAUUUACUGAACAUACCUAGACUGAAGUAUGUUCCAUGUUUCAGUACAGCCUACUUUGGUCAUUAUCUUUCAUCUAGGAGAAAGCUCAUUCACUCAAGUCAUUGAUUUUUGUUUCGUUUCUUAAGACAAGCUAGCCAAACCAAACUUCCUCUUGUGUCUUUCUUACUUUGCUAAAGAAGUGCCUUUUGUGUAGACAGUAUUAUUGUUUUGUGAAUCAGCCAUACUUUGUAUCCUUGAAGUCUUUUGGUUCAAGAUUGUAUGUUUAAUUGCCUUGUAUUAUAAAGUUUCUGCUGAAUACUGUAAAGUUAAUAUGCAAUGGAUAGAAGUUAAACCCCUGAAACAAUAACUUAAAAUGAUUCAAUUCAGUUCAGUUUCUAAUUAAUCUCAUGUCUUUCCUAAAUUCUUCUGGGUUUUUGACAUUCCUUUGUUUGUGGAUACCUCUCAAUUACCUCCUGGGAUUUGGACUCACACUUAAUCAAACCCACAGCCACAACACCUUAGGGAAGAGCUCUGUUUAUGAAGAAGAAAAAAUAACUGUCAAGUUGGUCUUAACGAUGUGUACCUGACGACACUUUCUGUCCCCCUGUUGGUGACACAUAGGAAGUGAUUAACAAACUGAAUGAAGAUGAUUCUUUAAUGACUGUUACGUUUACAAGUUCCAGAAGAUAAACUUACCUGAAAGAGGAGGUAUGCAUUCCUUUUCAGAGUCCAAACAUGUUUUUAAAGCUUUCUGUCUUUCAGGGUUAUAAAAAUGACAUUUCCGUUUUUAAUAGCCAUCGAGGAAGCAAAAUGAUUGUGCACUCUGAAACUUACAAUCUGUGUGUAUCCGUAUGGCAUUUCCGGUAAAGGGACAGACCAUAUUACACUACUUACAAUGCCUUAACUUUGAAUGAGAUACUUUUAUGGUGGACAUUUUGAUCAUGUUAAUGUACAUUUCAUGCAAAUCAUUGACUCAAAGCCUUUCUAUGUUUGUUUUUUUAAAGAAUGCAAUUGUGCCUCUU